AGGCGCAGGGAGGCACCUGCCGCUGCAAGCUAAGCGAGCUCUCCUCCGGCUUCCUUCGGGCUUAAUCACCACCACAGCACGGUGUCCUCUCGGUCGAAGCUCGGCUGUGGUCGUUGGUGUCGGUUUGUUCCGUGGAAACAGCUGUUUCGAGGACGUCGGGUGCGGCUGCCGCGCGUAAACUCCGCACCCGACAUCCUCCGCGCCUUGAAAAACGCACGCACAGCGCGUCCCCCUCAUGAUGUGACAUUAACCCUGCUGUCUUCAGAUGUGGUGGGUGUAAACAGAGUAUAAACUGAGCUCGCACAUCCUUCCCUCUUCAUUGAGGAAGUUGUCUCCUGUCAGUCAGAGCGGCAGGACGCGAAGGUGUGACUGACGGCGCUCAGAUACAACCUCCUGUAAAUAAACCUGUUUCCAGCUGGAAGGAAAAUGAGCAGCGCAGAGGCGAAAGGCGAGAACGGCACACAGAUUUCCAAGAUGGCCAAAAUGAGCGGAGACGCCUCGACCCUGGACGUGGACGGCAUCCCUCCGGACACGCUCAGUAAGGUGCAGGAGUACCUGAAGUGUUUCCAUCUGUCUCUGGAGAAGCUGCAGGUGGUUUCUGCUCGGCUGAGGAAGGAUCUGGUUCGAGGUUUGGGGAAACACACUCAUCACAAGGCGCCCGUCAAGAUGCUGCCCACCUUCGUCAGGGCCACACCGGACGGGACGGAGAAAGGCGACUUCCUGGCGUUGGAUCUCGGUGGAACGAACUUCCGCGUGCUUCACGUCCGCGUGGUGGAGGAGGAGCAGAAAGUGCUGAAGAUGGACAGUCAGAUCUGUGCCAUCCCAAAGGAGAUGAUGCUGGGGACUGGAGAGCAGCUGUUCGACCACAUCGCGGCCUGUCUCAGUGAUUUCCUCGUCUCUCAGGAUCUGAAGGGACAAACUCUUCCUCUGGGCUUCACCUUCUCCUUCCCCUGCGAACAGAAAGAAAUCGACAAGAGCAUCCUGAUCCGCUGGACCAAAGGCUUCAACUGCUCCGGGGUGGAGGGAAAAGACGUGGUGAAGUUACUGAAAGAGGCCAUUCACCGGAGAGGGGACUAUGAUAUAGGCUCAGUUGCCAUGGUGAACGACACGGUGGGCACGAUGAUGAGCUGCGGCUACAAGGACCAGAGCUGUGAGAUCGGCAUGAUCAUCGGUACGGGAACCAACGCCUGCUACAUGGAGGAGAUGACGAACGUGAAGCGCGUGGAGGGCAGAGAGGGGCGGAUGUGCAUCAACACCGAGUGGGGCGGCUUCGGGGACGACGGCUCCCUGAAAGACAUCCUGACGGAGUUCGACGUGGUGGUGGACAAGACGUCCAUCAACCCCGGCGUCCACACCUUUGAGAAGAUGAUCAGCGGCAUGUAUUUGGGAGAAAUCGUUCGGCUGCUGCUGGUGAGGCUGACGGAGGACGAGCUGCUGUUUAAGGGACAGGCCUCGGAGGCGCUGCUGACUCCGGGCAAAUUCGAGACCAAGUUCAUCUCUGAGAUUGAGGAUCUCAGGCAGGACAGCGGUCUGGAAAACGCCCAGAAUAUUCUGACGCUGUUGGGUUUGAAAUGGGACGAAGUCGACUCUCGUGUGGUGCGUCUGGUCUGCAGCGCCGUCUCCUCACGCUCCGCCCGUCUCUGCGCCGCUGCCCUGGCAACCAUCGCCAACCGUAUCCGUGUCAACCGCGGGCUGGACCAUCUGAAGACCACCGUGGGGGUGGACGGGACGGUCUACAGAAAACACCCCAAUUUCAGCAAGGAGCUCCAGGAGACGGUGCGCCUCCUCGCUCCCGAGUGUGACGUCACCUUCCUCGUCUCGGAGGACGGCAGCGGGAAGGGCGCUGCCAUGGUAACGGCUGUGGCGCAGCGGCUGGCUCUUCAGUCCCGCCUGUUAGAGGACAGCGACGGUGAGGGCGACGAAGAGGAGGAGGAAGAUAAACAAGAGUAGAGAGGAUGCACACUGACACACGAGACUGCACUGUUUUUAAAGCGUGCUGUAUUUUUGUUAUUCAGUUAAAUUUGAUGUGAAUUUUGCUCCUGCAGAACAGUGAGCCGCACUUCUGUUGCUUUCUGUUACAAGCUCCGUCAUGUUCUUGCAUUUACAAACAUUAAAGCUUCCCUGUGGAGUUUCUGACCUCUA